GAAACAAACACUCUCAGUUGGAAUGCUGCGAUGCAUUUGAGCAUGGAGGAUUGGCUGCUGUAACAGUUGUGGAUGAUCACAGUGGAACUUGUGUCCCCUGCUCAACAAUCACUGCAAAUAGGUAUCAGUGUUAUCAAGGGUCUACCGCUGCUGGUUUAUGUGAUGGAGCACCAGUUGGUUCAUUCGACACUCCAGAGCAGUGCUGUGGGAACACGGGUGGCCUUGAUUAUGCAGACCCCUCUGGGACCUGCUUUAGCUGUGCUGAUGUUGGAGGUCUUAUAAAGAGUGCAUGUGUGGAGACUAGCAGGUGCAAUGGAGCUAACUUGGAUACAACAAAUAUACUUGAAAGCGGUAGAGAUUG